CUCUCGCGUCUUCUUUCCCCCGUUGCCGUUGGGUUGGGCGGCGGUUAAUUCGCCGACGUCGCUUCCUUCGCCGAGCUGCCGGCUUCGCUCCGCCGCAGCAGGCGUCUACCUGCUGUUGCUGCUGCCUGCUGUUCGAUCCGUCGCCUACUGGCGCGUGUAGCUGUCGUGUCGAGAGUGUUCACGUUAGGAGGAGGAGGGCUAAGGAUGCCGGCCGCGGAGAGGCGGUCGCCGUUGGCGGCGGGUGAGAGGCGGCCGCACUUCUUCAAGGUGCUCAUGGGCGACUUCAAGAAGCGCCUGAAGAUCCCGCCGGACUUCUGCAAGCACAUCCCCUGGGAGGCGUCGAGGAAGGCGAGGACCCUGAAGGAGGCGUCCAUGGCGGCGACCCUGGAGGGGCCCAGCGGGCAGACGUGGCUGGUGGUCAUCCGCCGGUCCGCCGAGGGCACCUUCUUCACCUCGGGCUGGCCCAAGUUCGUGCGGGACCAGGCGCUGCGGGAGCUCGAGUUCCUCGUCUUCCGCUACGACGGCGACACGCACUUCACCGCCAUGGUGUUCGACACCACGGCCUGCGAGCGGGAGGACCUGCUGCUCGGCGGCGACCCACGCCGCCGCCGGGAGAGCAAGAAGCGGGGCCACGCGGCGAAGGGCCCUUCGCGUGAUGCCAAGCGCGCGCGCAAGGAUUCCUCUGUUGGGAAGGAGAUGGUGCCAUACCGUGCGACGCCAGGUGAUCGACAGCUGCAGGUUGCAUGCUCCAAUUGGACGCCGGAACCGGCAGCUGGCGCGGUCAAGACCGAGGUAGAGGACGCCGACGAGCUGGCGCUGUGCGUGGUGAUCCCCGCGCCAACUCCGCCGCCACAGCCGCAGCAGGACGACCCCGCGCCGACGCGCCGCCGGGGGCCCCAGCCACAGGAAGACGGCGGCGCGGUGAAGACGCGGAGCAUCCACGAGCACCCGCAGGCGGCGGCGGCGGCGCUCGCGGCCGCCGCCGAGAACAUCCCGGCGUCCGUCCGGCGCUACAAGGGGUACGUCUCCCGGCGCCGCCCCGUGACGGGCGCCGAGCGGCAGCGCGCCAUGGAGCUCGCGUACGCGUUCCGGUCGUCGCUGCCGUACUGCGUCGUCCGCAUGAGCACCAUGCACGUCUACUACUCCUUCAUGAUGAGGUUCCCGACGGGGUUCUCGCGGCAGCACCUGCCGCGGGAGCGCACGGACGUGGUGCUCCGGGACCCGGGCGGCAAGGCGUGGGUGGUGCUCUACAUCCCCAACACGAGGGACCGGCUGUCGCGCGGGUGGUGCGCCUUCGCGCGCGGCAACUGCCUGGAGGAAGGGGACUACUGCGUCUUCGAGCUCGUCGGCGCCGCCGAGUUCCGCGUCCACGUCUUCCGCGUCGCCGAGCCGCCCGUGCCGGCGGUCAGGCUCCGGGAGCGACUCGCCUGAGCUCAACGCCUGGUACGAGGAGCACCGCGGCGCUGCACGUCUAGUUUGCAACCGAUGACGCGCGCAUCGGACCGUCAUCGAUCGACCCGAUCAAUUCCAAGGGCUGCGGGUCAAGAUGCAAUUCCAAGAACUGUCUCGAUGGUUGCCUCGUUUUUCUGCUGCUAA